AUGAGCUUCGCCGCGCGGCCGCCCGCGGGAUCGCCGGGCCCCCGGCUGGCCUCAGCAUUGCGGCAGGACCAGGGCGCUGUUCGCUUAAUCCCGGACGGGAGGAGGUCGUCCGGACGGCCCAAAUGCCGCGCUGCGGAUCAGAAUGGGUCGCAAGGCGCGGCGACCUCAUCCUCGGCGGGGGGGAUGCAGGAUGCGGAGAAGGUCGCGGAGGCGGCUGUGGGCAUCUAUGAGGAUGAAGAAGAUUUCGAUGUGGAUGACAUGAGUGGGACGAUUGAUGCUGCUGGAGCAGGGAAGUCAAACAUUAGCCCUGGCUGGUUGACGCAGUUGGGGCGCCUUUGGGGAGGCGAAUCGGACUGCCCUGUGGUCAAUGCUGCGCCUGAAGACAUUCAAGACCUUCUGGGCGGCGCCCUGUUUCAAGCCGUGUUCAAGUACUUCCAAGAAGCGGGCCCCGUCUACCUGCUGCCCACAGGUCCAGUUUCCAGCUUCCUUGUCAUCUCCAACCCCGAGUGUGCCAAGCAUGUGCUGAAGCUGUCAGACAAUCCAAAGAGAGGCGUCUACAACAAGGGGCUUGUGGCGGAAGUCUCACAGUUCCUGUUUGGGGAUGGGUUUGCUGUUGCCGGCGGCGAGCACUGGCGUCGCAGGAGGAAGGCGGUCAGUCCCGCACUACACAGAUCCUAUCUCGAAGCCAUGAUUGAGCGCGUCUUCAGUCCAUCAGCUCACUACCUCAAUGCCAAGUUGCGGGUGGCCGCAAGGUCAGGGCAGCCCAUCAACAUGGAGGCGUCCCUAACUCAACUCACGUUGGAUGUCGUUGGGAAGGCAGUGUUUAAUUACGACUUCGAUUCCCUCAAGGGGGACAGCCCCUUGAUCCAGGCAGUGUACAACGCUCUGAAAGAGACUGAACAGAGAGCAACUGACUUGCUCCCCAUUUGGAAGCUGCCUAUGAUUUCCAGUUUCAUCCCCCGCCAGAAGAAGGCCCUGGAGUCUGUCCAGCUCAUCCGGGCUGUCACAGAGGACCUGAUUAGGAAGUGCAAGGUGAUGGUGGAUGCUGAGGGCGACUCCCAGUUUGGCGAGGGUUACAUGAACGAGUCUGACCCCAGUGUGCUGCGUUUCCUUCUGGCCUCCAGGGAGGAGGUGACUUCCACACAAUUGAGGGACGACCUCCUGUCGAUGCUUGUCGCCGGCCACGAAACGACAGGUUCUGCACUAACAUGGGCACUGUACCUGCUGGUGCAGAAUCCAGAUAAGAUGGAGAAGGCAGUGGAAGAAAUAAACCAAGUCAUGGGCGAUCGGGAAAAUCCCACCCUGGCGGACUACCAGAAGCUUCGAUACAUCACCCUGUGCAUGUGUGAGAGCCUCAGGUUGUUCCCCCAUCCGCCAGUUCUGCUGAGGAGGGCUGCUCAGGCAGACGUCCUGCCUGGAGGCUACAAGGUGCCCGUUGGACAAGACGUCAUGAUCUCCAUUUACAAUGUGCAUCACAAUCCAGACGUUUGGGAAAAUGCCGAGGACUUCAUUCCCGAGCGGUUUGGCAUGGAGGGCCCUGUCCCCAACGAGUCAAACACUGACUACAAGUUUAUCCCCUUCAGCGGCGGGCCAAGGAAGUGCGUGGGGGACCAGUUUGCCCUCAUGGAGGCCGUGGUCGCGCUGGCCGUUAUUCUGAGGGAAUUCGAUUUCAGCAUCGUCCCGGACCAGGAAAUUGGCAUGACCACGGGGGCCACCAUCCACACCACGAACGGCCUCUACAUGAACGUCGUGGAAAGGAAGGGCUCUGGCGCAAGCAGGGUAUCCACGGAAGAGACCUUAGAAAUGGCAGCGCCUUGA